GCUAUGGUUGCUUGCUAUCCUGGAAAUGGAACUGGGUAUGUUCGUCAUGUGGACAAUCCAAAUGGUGACGGGCGCUGCAUCACCUGUAUUUAUUACCUGAAUAAGAACUGGGACUCCAAGCUGCAUGGUGGAAUUCUUCGAAUAUUCCCAGAAGGAAAGUCCUAUGUAGCAGAUGUUGAGCCGAUUUUUGACCGAUUACUUUUUUUUUGGUCAGAUCGAAGGAACCCACAUGAAGUCCAGCCUUCUUAUGCAACCAGGUAUGCCAUGACUGUGUGGUAUUUUGAUGCCGAAGAAAGAGCAGAAGCCAAAAAGAAGUUCAGGAACUUAACCGAUGCGAGGAAGAGAGAAGCACCUCUUAAUGAAGACUAAUCAACUGUUCAUGAACUCUUUGUGAGAAAUAAGAUCCCAAAGAUGACUUCCAUUUCCAGCAAAUAAGGGCAAAACAUUUUUAUGCACAAGAAUGCACUGGUUGUGUCUAGCAUGUGCAUCUUACACUGAUGGUACUCAAGGCAGCCUCCUGUCAUGCUGCAUCUGGUAGAAGAAAGACUUGUUUGCUCUUUGCCUUUUGCUGGAAAAAAUAACCAGGGUUUAAAAAAAAAAAGAGUAUGUGAUACUCAAGCCUAGUGGUAGUGGCUCAGCCAAUUGGCUUUUGAUCACUCUUGUAACUAAGAUAAUGGUCAUUGGAACUAGUGAUAAAAAACUGAGUCUUAUUUGCACUUUAUGGGGAAAAAGAGUUCUAGUUCAAUGGGAAGAAGCCUUGCAAGUUUAAAAUCAGUUGGCAGACUGCUAAUGGGCACAGAGAUUAAUUGGACAUGGGAAAUAAAAUCAGAUAUCUGUAGAGUGUCAUUUUAUGGUCUGUCCCAAAUGGACCUGUUGAUGUAUUGUUCAUCAUUUUGCUGCACAGAACAUUGGUUCAGCUCUUCAGUAACAUGACUUCCCAGAUGUUUGUCUACACAGUCAUCACAUUUUCUGGAUUUUGUCUGCUCUUCAAGAGGCACUAGCUAGUGCAGCUGUACUGUCCUUUGUGUCUCAGUACUGAGGGGAAAAUAAUUAUGUAUCUGUUCACAAUUUCAUAAAACCCUUUUUUUCCUGUUUUGAGCAGGAUGAGUUGUAUCUUUUCUAUUUUCACAGUUUGGUAAAGCAGCUGUUUUCUCCCAAAAGUCUGGUAAACUUGGAAGGCUUAUGGCACACAAUGCAUUGGCCCUUAAGGCCAGUGAUUUGUAGAGAAGUGUUUGCUUUGCGACUUCUCCAUCUGCUAUGUUCUCUGUGAAAUAGAUAUGAAUCUGAAAGGAAAAGAUAUGUCUGGCAGUCUGACAAAUAUAUGAUAAAUAAUGGGUAACUUAGACUUGAUUUUUAUGCUGCAUAUUCUUAGUGAACACACUUGUUUAAUUUCGCAUGCAUAUGUAAUUUGAAUGAAACUGCAAUUCUUUUUCAAUUGAUCUGUGAUGCCAGGUAACUACUACUGCUGUGCCUAAGCUCUGAGAUCAGAGUUUUUCAAUGGCAAAGCACACAUUUUAUUUCUCCAUUAUUUUUUUAAAACUUAUUAGACUCAAUGAAUGAGUAACUGGUGACCUGUUUCCAAUCUGUCUAAACUUCUACAACCAGCACUUACUAUACAGUUCAGAAUAGCUCUUAAUGAAGCUGGGAACUGGCAGUGGAUGUAUUUAUCACUCACACUAAUUGUUCUCAACCUAAUACACUCACUUGCAUUCAUUUUUAUCUGUCUGUGUGUAUGUCAGGCCCUAUUAAAUGCUCCAAAUAGA